GAUUUAAGUAUGAGUCAUGCGUCAUUUUAAUCGAGAGUCGGUGUUUUGUCAAUAUUUAAAAUUAACCUUAAACGCUAUAUCAAACGUUUUUCCCGUUAAGUUUUGAGGAAAAACUAAUAAAUAAUGGCCGCAGCUGCUGCCGCAAAAAUAGCCGAGGUACGCGAAACGACUCGCGUUGAAAGAAUUGGAGCUCAUUCGCAUAUUAGAGGUCUAGGGUUAGAUGAUAGUCUUGAAGCCAGACAUGUGUCUCAAGGUAUGGUCGGUCAAGUAACAGCUAGAAGAGCAGUGGGUAUCGUUCUACAAAUGGUUAGAGAAGGAAGAAUUGCUGGCAGAGCGGUCCUUUUGGCUGGUCAACCUGGUACUGGUAAAACAGCAAUAGCUACAGCUUUGGCACACGCACUUGGUCAAGAUACCCCUUUUACAAGUAUGGCAGGUUCCGAAAUAUAUUCAUUAGAAAUGAGCAAGACGGAAGCUAUAACCCAAGCCAUUAGAAAAAGUAUUGGUGUUCGAAUUAAAGAAGAAAGUGAGAUAAUUGAAGGUGAAGUUGUUGAAGUGCAGAUUGAACGUCCAGCUACAGGAAUUGGUGCAAAAGUUGGAAAACUCAUCUUGAAAACCACUGAUAUGGAAACUGUUUAUGACUUGGGAGGUAAAAUGAUUGACAGCAUUUUGAAAGAAAAGGUCCAGUCUGGCGAUGUGAUCACAAUUGACAAAGCCACAGGAAAAAUUACAAGAUUAGGCAGAUCUUUUGCUAGAGCUAGGGACUACGAUGCCACUGGGCAGCAAACUAGAUUUGUACAGUGUCCUGAAGGUGAAUUGCAGAAACGUAAAGAAGUUGUCCACACUGUAACACUGCAUGAAAUUGAUGUUAUCAACAGCAGAACUCAUGGAUUUUUGGCAUUAUUUUCUGGAGACACUGGCGAGAUUAAACCAGAAGUGAGGGAGCAAAUAAAUGGCAAAGUAGCUGAGUGGAGAGAAGAAGGUAAAGCAGAAAUUAUUCCUGGUGUUUUGUUUAUUGAUGAAGUGCACAUGUUAGAUAUUGAAUGUUUUUCAUUUUUGAAUAGAGCAUUAGAGAAUGAAAUGUCACCAAUUGUGAUUAUGGCUACUAACAGAGGUAUCACUAAAAUUAGAGGAACAACAUACAAGUCUCCUCAUGGCAUUCCACUAGAUUUAUUAGACAGAACCAUAAUAGUCCCCACACAACCGUAUGACGAAAAGGAGCUGAGAGAAAUCUUAAGUAUCCGCUGUGAAGAAGAAGAUUGCCAAAUGUCAGAUAAUGCACUGGCUGUCCUCACAAGAAUAUGCAAGGAAACUUCUUUGCGCUAUGGUAUGCAGUUAAUUAUGACAUCUAGUUUAAUAGCUAGAAAACGCAAAGCACAUGAAGUUGAUGUCGAGGAUAUUAAAAGAGCUUACCAACUCUUUUUUGACGAAGGAAGAUCUGUUCAGUUCUUAAGAGAAUACCAACAAGAGUUUAUGUUCAAUGAAAUAGAUGAUAAAGAUGAUAUGGAAAUUGAAACAAUGUAAUGCAGCCACUUUUGACAUUUAUAUUCUAUUUUUUUUGUAUUUUAUAAGUUCGUUUAUAAUUCUUAAUAAUAAAAAGACUUUCUACUAAAGAGAAAUAAUUGCUUUUCAUUUAAUAUCUUUUCUGUAUAUAUUAUAGCUAAUGUUUGAUAUUAUUAUCAUCAAUCAGCCCUGGCUUCUCUAAGAUAGACAUUUCAAUCUAUUUGUUCUGUACCUGUGUUAUCCAGCUUGGUCAUAACGAUUUUAAUGUCUUGUUAAUGUCAUGUUAAGAAUCACAUAGAUAUUGUUCAACACUUUCUGAGCUCAUUGGUGAUUGGCUCAUUAUCAUUAAAUAGACAUUUUUCAUUUGUAGCAUAACUCUGGCUUCCUCUAAGUCAUCUAUUGUGAAAACAGUGUCAAUUAACAUAGAGGUGAUUUUUUGGGCUCUGAUCCUCACUCUAAUCAUCUAAAUACAUAGUCUAUGACUGUUAUAAAUAGUUUUGGCAACACAGUAUCCCCCUACUGCACCCAUCAAACAAUUUUUAUCUUUUCAGGCUUUAAAUAUUCACAUCCCUAUGGUAUAUUCUGCUAUAUAUAGUGCUUUGUAGAUAGCAAUUAUUCUCACUUAUCAAAUCGUUUGAAAUAUCGACUGUAUGAAAAUAAUUGUUAAGUAGCACAAGAAACC